AUGACCACUCCAAAAUCACGCAUCUUGCAGCUUGUGAAGCGACUAGAGGUGGAACGCGAGAACGAGUACGAAGGCGAGGCGACAGCAUGGAUCAAUCGAGACAUUGUUCCUCUCCCUCCCUCGCGUCGUACUUGGGGCUCUUGGUCAUUUGUAGGCUUUUGGCUUCUAACAGGAUUCAACAUCAGCGGGUGGACAACCGCGUCCAGCCUCCUUGGUUUAGGCCUCAAUGUCUGGCAGGCCAUGGUCUCCGUUGUAGUGGGAUACCUUAUCGUCGCUUGCGCGGUUGUUGCGAACGGAUUCGUCGGUGCGGAGUGGCAUGUCGGAUUCCCUAUCUAUAACCGCUUCGUAUGGGGCGUGUUUGGGAGCUUCUUCCCUUUGCUGAUGCGGAUAUUGUUGUCGCUCGUGUGGUAUGGCGUACAGCUCGUUUUCGGUGGAAAGAGCGUCAAGGUUGUUAUAGGCAGCAUCUGGCCUAGUUUCUACUAUUUGCGUAAUACGCUGCCUCCAGAUGCGGGUAUUCAGACAAACGACCUCGUCGGGAUUCUCAUUUUCGCAGCGAUGUCAGUCCCACUCCUGACGAUACCUCCAGAACACUUCCGCAAGCCCUUCCUCUUCGGCAGUAUCAUCAUGACGGUCACCACGUUCGCGAUCUUCACAUGGGCCCUAGCGAAGGAAGGUGGCGGCGGCCCCCUCCUCAGUCAUCCCAGCCAGCUCAGCGGCGUCAAGCCACUUACCGAAGGGUCCCAACUGGGCUGGGCUAUGGCGUAUGGCGUAAGCUCGACCAUCGGAGGUAUUUGCGCGGGCAUACUGAACCAGAGCGACUACUCGCGGUUUGCUGCAUACCCCCGAGCACAGCUCGUCAGCCAAAUGCUCAUCGUGCCGCUCAGCAACGUAAUGAUUGCUCUAUUCGGCAUCAUUGUUACGAGCUGUGCCGCGGGAUUCUACCCCGAUGACGGACUGCUGUGGGCCCCGUAUGACCUGUUGCGGGUCGUACAGCUUCGCGGCGGUCCAGGUGCUAGAGCGGCGUGCUUCUUUGCCGGCUGUGCAUUCGUGGUAUCGCAAUUCGGUAUCAAUGUCGCCGGGAACGCGAUCUCCGGCGGUAUAGACCUCUCCGGGUUACUCCCCAAAUAUCUCAAUAUCAGACGGGGUGCCUUACUCACGGCUGCGCUCGGAAUCGCUAUCUGUCCUUGGAAACUUCUCACAGGCUCCAGUGCUUUCUUAACCGUACUCAGUUCCUUUGCGGUGUUCCUGGGGCCCUUGACAGGUGUCAUGACGUCCGACUAUCUCGUCGUCAGGCAAAGCAAACUUCGUUUGUCGCAUCUAUACAUGCCUAACUCGGGUUCCAUCUAUUACUUCGCGUAUGGUGUCAAUUUCCGGGCCCUUGUGGCUUGGAUCUUUGGCGUAUGGCCUCUCAUGCCGGGAUUUGUCAAUGCCGUCUCUUCAAACCCAAUAGGAGUCUCGAUAGGCUGGACACGCUGCUACGAUCUUGCGUGGCCCUUGGGCUUCGUCGUCAGCGCAGCCGUUCACAUCUUUCUCAACAAGGUGUUUGCCCCAGUGGGCCUUGGCCAAACCGACGAGGACGACGUUUUUGGGACUUUUACCGAACGAUGCACCAAGAUGCCUUCACCGAAGGCGACUACGCCGAUUGAGUCAGUGGAUCUGUUCUAUCUGCUUGUCAAGAGUCAAGACUGGGCUUUCCGGAUGCCUGUGGGGUCUUACGUGAAGAAGUUCGAGGGCAAGCGGGCACAAAUGGUGUUGAACUUGGACUUAUCCGGUCCGGACUACACGAGGCUAUGCGUCUCCUAG